CCCAUACGGCACGUAUGUAGCUUAAAAGAACGCAUCCCCCCGAAGAAAACCGCCCAAACCCCCUACUCCGGAACACUCUCAGCCCUGGCUCGUCCCGUUAGGUUUAGAUUCAAGAUUCACGCUUUUCCCGCGCGAGCUCGCCAAUAUUCCGCUAUCGAGCUUGCACACUCUGCUAUACAUAUCCCCGUCUCAAACUCGUCCACCCAGAAAAGAAAGAAAAAAAACGCGUUUCGUUGAUCGGCUGCUGGGUUGCCCUUGCUUCGAAUUCUUGCUUCUUCGCGUUGUAUCACCACCAUGUCGGUUUCCGCUUCGAAACCGUCGCCGCCCAGGACCUCGACCGUGGUCUGUAUCGGCGCCGGCAUCUCGGCCAUCGCACUCGGCGCCCGUCUCAAGAUCUCGUACGGCUUCGACGAUGUCGUGUUCUAUGAGCAGGAUGACCAGCUGGGCGGCACAUGGCAUGCGAACUCCUACCCCGGUGCCGCCUGCGAUGUCCCCACAGCACUGUACAGCUUCUCGUUCGCGCAGAACGCGGAGUGGACGGAGGUGUACCCGCCCUCGGGCGAGAUCAAAACGUACCUUCUCAAAGUAGCAGCCGACUACGACAUCCCGUCAAAAACCACGUUUCGGACCCAGGUCUACGCUGCCAGAUGGGACGAUGCCCGCGAUCGCUGGGAUGUCUACCUCAGGAACUUGGUUACCGGCGAGGAGUACGUGCAUGAGUGCAAGAUACUGAUCUCGGCCAUUGGCCUGCUCGCAAAUCCGAAUGUGCCCGAUAUCAAGGGAAGGGAGACGUUCGCCGGAAAGCAGAUGCACACCGCCCGCUGGGAUCAUGGUGUGCAGCUCGAGGGCAAGCGGGUGGCGUUGAUCGGGAAUGGAUGCACGGCCGCUCAAAUUACGCCCAGAAUCGCCCCCCAGGUCGGCCACCUUACUCAAUUCAUCCGCAGCAAGCACUGGAUCCAGCCCUCCACACACUUUGAAUACACCCCGGUAAUCCGCUGGGCACUCAAGUGGCUCCCGCUCGCCCAGCGUCUCCACCGCUUCCUCAUCUUCCUCGGCGCGGAAUGGGGCUACCGUCUGCAAGGCUCCAGCGCCUGGUCCGCCGAGCAGCGCAAAAAAGACAUGGCGCGCGUCUCAUCCUACAUGCGCCGCGAGGCGCCCGAAAAAUACCACUCCCUCCUGAUCCCAGACUUCCAGAUCAGCUGCAAGCGGCGGAUCCACGACCCAUCACCCGGCUAUCUCGCGUCCCUCAACCGGCCGAACGUGACGCUCACGGACUCGUCGAUCGUGGAGAUCACUCGCGACGGCGUGCGGACAUCGGCGGGCACACUCCACCCCGCAGACGUAAUCAUCUACGCCACCGGCUUUGCCACGAGCAAUUACCUGGCCAACAUCGACAUCCGCGGGCGCGGCGGCGAAUCCAUCCAGGCGCACUGGGACAAGCUUGGUGGCGUCGGCGCAUACAACUGCACCGCCGUAUCGAACUUUCCCAAUUUCUUCAUGCUCCUCGGCCCAAACACUGGAACGGGCCACACCAGCUGCAUCAUGGCGUGCGAGAACACAGCAAACUACGCCCUCAAAGUAUCCGCAGCGAUCCUUUCUGGCGCCGCCUCCCGCGUCGAGCCCAAAGCCUCAGCGGAGCGCAGCUACGUACAGCGGCUGCAAGCGGCGCUGUCCACGUCCGUGUUCAACACUGGCGGUUGCAGCGCCUGGUACCGCGACAAAGCCUCCGGCUGGAACGCUAUGAUGUAUCCCUGGAGCCAGUCGCACUUCCUGUACGCGUGCCAUUUCGUGCGGUGGAAGGACUGGGACGUUACAUACACCGGUGGCUCGGGGGCGGGAACGGGGGCCGCGGCGACGCUGGUGCUGGUCGCCGUGGCGAUGUUGGCCCUGGCGUACUUCAACCUUGCUGGGGGCGUGGGCGUGGAUCCGGCGAGGCUGGUGGCAUGGGGUGGGAAGAGGUUACAGUUAUUCGUCCUUCUCGAGUUCUCGAGUGACCCUUCAUAA